AAUAUGGGGGAAAUGCUCCCUGCCCAGGAAGCGGCCAAAAUCUACCACACCAACUAUGUCAGAAAUGCGAGGGCAAUCGGUGUGUUGUGGGCGAUCUUCACCAUCUGCUUCGCCAUCAUUACCGUGGUGGUGUUCAUCCAGCCAUACUGGAUCGGAGACAGCGUGAACACACCCCAGGCAGGAUACUUUGGCCUCUUCCAUUACUGCAUCGGCAACGCACUGACCUCAGAGCUCAUCUGCAAGGGCAGCGCCUUGGACUUCGGCUCCAUCCCGUCGGGGGCCUUCAAGACUGCCAUGUUCUUUGUGGGAGUCUCCAUGCUCUUGAUUGUGGGCAGCAUGGUCUCUUUCAGCCUCUUUUUUUUCUGCAAUGCUGGCAGUGUGUACAAGAUCUGUGCUUGGAUGCAGCUAGCCUCCUCUGUCUGCAUGGUGAUGGGCUGUAUGAUCUACCCUGAUGGCUGGGAUUCUGAGGAGGUGAAGCGCAUGUGCGGGCAGCGCACAGACAAGUACACAUUGGGAAACUGCACAGUGCGUUGGGCCUACAUCCUGGCCAUCAUCAGCAUCCUAGACGCUCUUAUCCUCUCCUUCUUGGCCUUCGUGCUGGGCAACCGGCAGGACAAGCUGCUGCCUGAGGACUUCCAGGUGGAGGGAAAAGGUGAGGACUUCCGUGCACAUCCUAACAGAAAUAGGGACAAUGGUGUGGAUCAUAUUUGA